CCGCCCCCGCCCCUGUCUCGCUCCCGCCGCCCGCCUCGCCGCUCCCCCUCCCGCUCAGCGUGCCCGCCGAGCCCGCGCCCGCCGCGGUCGCGAGGGACGCCUUCGACCCCGCCAAGCUCUCCCCCGCCGACAUCCAGGCGUUCGCCGCGCGCGCGGUCGCCGGCGAGGACCCCGCGCGCGCGUACCGCAUCAACGCGCCCCCGCCCGACCGCCCCGCGCGCAUCUACGCCGACGGCGUGUACGACCUCUUCCACUUCGGCCACGCCCUCCAGCUCCGCCAGGCCAAGCUCAGCUUCCCGCCGAUACCCGUCGCGCGCCUGGCUGGCGCGGGCGCGCAGGCGAGCGUGGGCGGCGAGGCGAGCGUGGUAAGGAGCCCGCUCGACCACGCCCCGCCCCAGGGCACCGUCCCCGGCGUGUACCUCCUCGUCGGCGUCAACUCGGACGAGCAGUGCGAGGAGCACAAGAACAUGGCCGUCCAGAACCACGCCGAGCGUACGGCAUGUCGGUGGGUGGACGAGGUCGUCCCCGAGGCGCCGUGGGUCAUCACGGAAGAGUUUCUCCAAAAGCACCAGAUCGACUACGUCGCGCACGACGAGGACCCGUACGUGAGCGCGGGGAUCGACGACGUGUACGGGUACUGCAAGUCCCAAGGCAAGUUCAUCCCGACGCGGCGCACGCCGGGCGUGUCGACGUCGGAGCUGCUCGAGCGGAUCGUGUCGCGGUACCGCGCGCGCGGGUUCGACAAGAAGCUGCGCAAGAUGGGCCACGCGGAGCUCGCCGCGGAGGGCUCCGACUGGGACGACAGCCGCCCCGGGAGCGUGCGCGCGAGCAGGGCCGGCAGCCCCGGGGCCGGCAGGUAGGUGCGCUUCGCGUAGAACGUAGAGCGUAGAGCCUAGGGUGGCUUGGAUAUCCGGUGGCGGUUGCGUGCUGAAAGAUCAUUCGCUCAUACAUACAGUUAGCGGUACGUCUAUGAAAUCGUGUAAUGUACGUGCAGAAUACGCGUCGAGGCUGUAGAUGCUCUGUGCAGUGGAGGCUGAAGCUGAAAGUCGGUCAGCUAGGCAGCUUGUCGAGUGCGCAGG